AAUCUCACUACGCGAGAAAUCCAAAUACACUUCCCUUAGUAACAAUUUGAUCGCACUGUGUUAAGCACGCUUAGAGAAAAUUUUACUGUACUGAUUUUACAAUAUGUGGAUGAAUAAAGGGAAUAAUCUCACAAUGAUGCAAAAUGCAAAGUUCGAAAAAGAGCGAAAAUCAGUGGUAGCAGCAAUAAAAUCAUGCAUUGCAACGCAAAAAGGAGGAUUGGAACCUAGCGCUCUUGAACGUGAAUAUAGAUUAAAUACUGGAGAAGAUCUUCCUAUUCGUGAAAUGGGUUACCGUAGUCUCUAUCAUAUGUUGAGUGACAUACCAGAUAUUAAAAAUACCAAAAAUGAAGCCGGUAGACAAGUAUUACUAUGCACUAGCAGUAAAACAAAGCAUCUGCAAGAGAUGAUUAAAUUACAAAAGGAUCCGAAAAAUUAUGUUGUGCGCUCAAAAAGAGUAAAGCGCGAUGCCUUUAUGGAAAAAAGAAACAAAACCCGAAAAGAAAGACAUGAUAUGAAUAGAAGUACAUGGACAAGACCCAACAGAUCAAAUAACACCAGCAUGCAACCACCGACUGAUGAGAACUGGGGUCGUCCAGAAAUCAUGACUGUUGAUGAGGACUUUAAAAAGGAUCAGGUUUGCACGACUCCUGUUGUAUACCGAUCACAAUUGAUCGGGGAUGAUUAUUUCUUGCAAUUGUGCAUAAAAUACUGCGACGUGCCCUUAGUGCGUAAGCACGCAAAAGCAGCCAUUACUUGCGGAACUGUACAAUCGGGACAAACUAUAAAGAAAGCUAUUCAGAGAUUGGAAAAUAUCAAGGCGAUGGCCAAUAAAUUAGUUAUCAAUUUAGGAACCGUCGAUAUUUAUAAUCGACGAAAUGCCUCCGAAAUGAUCGAAAGUUAUAAAGAUCUUUUAUUCCUAUUGAAAGAAAAAUUUGGAUACAAGGAAACCCAAAUAACGAUUUGUACUUUACCGCCGAUGUGCAAUGUUGGCAUUCAUGAUAUAGAUAGAUAUUUUAACUAUAAAACGUUCAAUGAGUGGAUAAGAUUUUAUGCAAGUCAAAAAGGAUAUCAAUUGUUAGACUUUCAUAUGGAAUUUUCAACUCCUGGUGACAAGCUUUGUGAUUACAGCUAUUUUCAAAUAGAUGCUAGAAUGGUAUCUGGAACGAUCCAUCCUCAUGUUUUGUGGAAUUAUAAGGGUCGUCAAAAAGCAAUGAAUCUAUUAUACAGAGUGUAAAUCUAUUGUGAAUUAAACGCAGUUUGUUAAAUUACUUCAGUUUUAACUUAUCAUAUGCUACAUUCUUUAAAAGUUGGCCGUAUAACAUUUAUUGAAUGUAAAUUCAUUAUGAUAAUUUCGAAGCUGUUAAGUUUUUAUAAUUUGUAAAUAUCAAGUGAGCGUGCCAAUUUGUUGUUCGUUAAAAAAUACGUCAAAUUUUUUCUUUUUUAAAAGAAGGUUUUAAAGAAUUAAUAAGAAAAUAUUAUUAGACUAAUUAAAAUUUAUAUUUAUGCUUUUUUAAGUAUAAUUGUUUGUGAGUAAGUGUAUACUUGUGUUCAUGUGAAUAUUAAUGUUAGAAUGUUACACUCAUAUACUAUUAUAAUAUGGUAUGUAAAUACAAUAAGUUUUAAAAUAAUUAAAGUAUAUGGACAAGUGGACUUGUAA